UAAAAAUCGAGAGAACUGCAAACCUGUUCGCCUGUGUUCCUUAUCUACCUCCACCCGACGAGUUAGGCAUGAACAGGAAUAUAUACUCAUUCGUAGAUCGCGCGGAGAAAUUGUACAUUCCGGACGUACCUGCCGGUUCUUUGCAUCGUUCUCAGACCAGUGUCAACGAAAUAAGACAUGUUCCUCGAUUGUACGGUGGUGGUUUUUACCCUUAUAUUAUUUGUCACCAUGGUCAACUGUAAUUUUGACUUACAACUGUUACACGUGGUGUUUCGACACGGCGAGAAGGUACCUCAACGAGACUAUCAAAAUUAUCCUAACGAUCCUUAUCGCGACUAUUCGUACUAUCCAAUGGGCGAUGGAGAUUUAACGAAUCAAGGCAAGCUACGGGAAUACAAGAUUGGGACAAUGCUCCGUGAACGUUACGAUCGAUAUUUCGGGCCAGAUUACUGGCCGGAGAAGAUCUAUGCCCGUUCGACUCUCAUCCCAAGAACUCAGUUGUCUCUACAGCUAGUUCUGGCUGGAUUAUUCCCGCCCUCGGAGAAGCAAACCUGGAAUCCGCGUCUACCAUGGAUUCCAACAUCCUCAUUCUUCGAGCCCUAUGAGACUGACAAUCUCCUAUUUCCGCAUCACUGCCCCAGAUACAAGGAAGAAUACAGGAAAUUCCUGCGACAAAGCAAGGCGCAGGAUUUGAUGAACAAAUAUAAAUCCGUGAUGAAUUAUUUGACCGAAAGGACUGGUAAAUCAAUCAACACAACAUCCGCCGUCACUUACCUUUAUAAUUUAUUAAAGGAACAGGCAGCUCAAAACCUAACUCUCCCAGAAUGGACCAAAAUGGUUUAUCCUACUCCGAUGAAGGAAAUAAUCGCGUUGGAUUUUAAACUCCGAUCGUACACAAGAACACUGAAACGUUUAAACGGAGGACUAUUAAUACGCAAAAUCGUGGAAAAUAUUAAAAUGUACAAAGCGGGCAAAUUAGAGCCUUACGAUAGGAAAGCGUUCCUUUUCUCAGCGCAUGAGAUGAACGUAGCUGCAGUUGCAAGAGCUUUGGAAUUGGACGAACCCAUUGUUCCUGCAUACGGUGCUACUCUCAUUUUGGAAACGUUGCGCGAUAAGAAAGGGAAUUAUUACGUCCGGGUUUUAUUCUGGACUGGUGUUUCCGAGCAACUUAUAAUCGAAACGAUCCCUGGUUGCACAGAAUUAUGUCCCUUAGAAGACUUUUUUGCCAUCGUGAAGGAUAUAAUACCAAGCGAUGAUGAAUAUUAUUGUCAUCCUACUGAGAAUAUGUUGAAUAACAGCAAGAAACUAUAUUCCUCAGGAUCGAGUUUAGCCGUCGGGGAAACUUGGUAUUGUUUAAUAUCUAUUUUUUUCUUUAUCAUUUCAACGGUACAUACCGAAAAAUAUUAUAUAUAUAUAAAUGUCCGCACCAUGUAUUAUUUGGACUUGAAACUAUUAUAUUUUAGAAAAAUACAAUUGAAUUCUAAAAUGGUACAUCGACUAAAAAUACAGUUCAACGAUCACGGCAAUGCCAAUAUUCCCACACGAAAUGAGAGCAGAUUCGAUUUGCAAGUUGACGGCUUGAUUCUCCUAUUUCCGUCCAGGUUAAAAGUUCAAGAACCUCCGUGGAAUAGAUCUAGCGAAAUAUUUAUUGGUUUGGAUUGACAUUUUGAGUAGCAAAAGUUGUAAAAGAUAUAAAUCUUCGUUAUUAGCGUGAAAUGCAUUUGAUGAAUAUUAAAAUUAUUGAAAAUUUUGCUUCUUUGAAAGAAGUAACUUAAAAUGAUCAAUUUUCCUUUUAUUGACAAUACAAUUUAAUAUACUUUUAUAAUAGAUUUACAGUCAUAUUUGUGUCAUAUAUUUUUAUUUUUAUUUUUUAUUUUUUUUUUAAGAUGAUGCAGAG